GACUGUGGUGUGUGGGUUUGGUGCAUGAAGUGUCUCAUAGAUUAAGCAAACUGGUGUGUUUUGUUGAAGUGGUGAUGAUGGCGGAUUUGAAAGGUGAAAUGCACCAUUAGAGACAGCGUGCGGCGUGAAAGGAAAGAAAAACAGCUCUCUCUUAUCAAUGACCGACAGCCUAACCCAACACCGUGACACUGACAGCUGCCAGUCUCGUGCGUGUGUACCUGAGUACCUAGAUAAAUAUAUCCGAUAGCAACGACGUGCCCCACGCGGCGGCCAGACACGACCACCCCGCCAAAAAGCCAAGCGCGGGACGUCAGAACAUCGAAGGGAACGUGGGGCUUUGCCGCCCGGCCACCGAUCUUCGCAUCCACACCUAGCCCGACGACCCCUCCUCUCUCCCACUUUCCACCUUUCUCGCAGCCCCGCCUACCUACAACCAGGACCCGCGAGACCGCGACACCGCAGCCAUGUUCAAGAAGGAUAUCCAUGCCGGCGCGAAGACAAAGGUCAAGUCGUCGGUGCAGCGCGGCAUCCGCGCCAAGGUCGUCGAGACGUACCCGCUGCUGGAGCCGUACAUCGACACGAUAAUACCGAAGAAGGACCAGAUGGACCUGGUGAAGCUCCCCGACCGCGUCUCCCUCUACACCCUCGCCGGGACGCCCCUCUUCUUCCAACACAUGGACGACCCAUUGCUGCCGCACCUGACCCUCGUGCACAAAUACAGCGCCUGCUUCCCGCGCAUCCGGAUCGACCGCGGCGCGAUCCGGUUCGUGCUGUCCGGGGCCUCGCUGAUGGCACCGGGGCUCACGUCCCCGGGGGGUCGGCUGCCCGCCAGCGGAAACGCCGCCGACGACGAGGCGUAUGGCGCGCAGGACCUGCCUGCGGGGUCGGUUGUCGUGGUUGAGGCUGAGGGCAAGGAACAUGCUUGCUUGGUGGGUGUGCUGAAGAUGGGGACGAAGGAUAUGAAGGAGAAGAAGAAGGGCGUGGCCAUGGAGGCGGGGCAUUAUUUGGGCGAUGGGCUGUGGAAUAUGCAUUUGGAGUGAGUAGGUGGGGGAGUGGCAGAGGCGGACUGGAUGCGCGGUGCUGUUGUUGUUGUGGCUGGGCUGAAGGGGACGCACGUCAGUCACACAGAGGCCAGACAGACAUGCGCGCAGACACGGAGUGGGAUACCUAGGCGGAGAGGCGGCCACGCACCACAGACACAGACGGAUGAAUGAAUGCACGCAUCUAUAGCUCGGAGGGUAGUUACAUCUCACUCAUCCAUCCGAGAAAACUGCUGCUGCUGCAGCAACAACAGGAGAAGAAAA